AUGGCACCAUCGGCUAUUGAAAACCCUGUUUCUGGGGUGUCUCCGAGGCAAAUUCUGGCGAAGCCAUGGAGCCGUCCAGCCCAUACCAAGGAAAACCUCGAUUGGGCUCCGUUGACCAAGAUUGAUCUCUCGCGCUUCGAUCAGCCUGGUGGAAAGCAAGAACUAGCCAAAGAGCUCUAUGAUGCCGUCACUAGAGUUGGUUUCUGGACUGUCGUCAAUUCAGGAAUUGACGAUGAACGAGUCCUUCGCCAAUUCAGCGUUGGAAACACUUUCUUCAAGGAACCGCUGGAGGAAAAGCGCAGAUUUCCCUGCAACUUUGCCGAAGGAGAAUACUUCGGAUAUCGAGAGAAUAGCCGCUGGGUGGGUGACACUGGUGUCAAAGAGAAUAUCGAAAUGCUUAAUAUCCCGAAAGCCAUCCCGGCAUAUGCCGAUGUUGGCAAACAUAAGAUAGUUGAGGAGCUAGCCCAGUGUGGCCCAGCUGGUCCAUACUGGUCCAUGCUGGGCCAGGGUGCAGGUUCAGCCUUGUCUCAUCAGCCUGCCGGCUGCUUGUCGGCAUACCUGCCCCUGGUGCCUCCUGCUGCCGUCACAACUUCCGUGUGCGACCUGUUGGCCAGGUCGAUUCGUAACACGCUUACGGUUUUUCUGGUUUUAUGGGCAAUCUCCCUAUAA